AUGGAUUUGGUGACUUUCUUGGUGUACAUCGCGAUUGUGGCAAUCGUAUAUUUGUUUGCUUUGUUAGUUUACAGAUCAUCGGUAAGUUCUCAAUAAACAUAACAUCUUACAUACAAAAGUUUCAGUUGUUCCGCGCACUUUUCGUUUUGAUUGCCUUCCUCCCAAUUGGACUUAUGCUUGCUUUCUUCAUCUUCAGAAUUCCACAAUUGAAAAAUGAAACUCAUCGAACACAAUUCUUCGAAAAUUGGAAAGUUGGCGGGCAUCGUGGAUCUUCUCACGAUGGAAUUCCAGAAAAUAGUUUAGAAGCAUUUUUAGCAGUUAAAAAUGAGGGGGGACAAUUGGCGGAGAUGGAUAUUCAAAUAACUUCCGAUGGUGUUGCUGUUAUUUGUCAUGAUAGUAAUGUUGAAAGAUUGACCGGGGUUAACAAGGAUAUUUCAUCGAUGACUUUGGCACAAUUCAAACAAUUGACUUAUUCUGGAACAAAUAUUACGAUGCCAACUUUUGCAGAAGCGGUUCAAUUUUGUGUUCAAAAUAAUAUCAUGAUGAUUUGGGAUGUUAAGAAUUUAGACGAAGCAUUGAUCACACAAUUUGUUAUUCAAAUUCGAACAUAUAAUUUAUACUCGAAAGUUUUAGUAUCUGGUUUCAAUCCGAUCGACACAUAUUUUAUUAAAUUGGCUGAUCAAAAAAUUCUGACCGGUUUCACUUGGCGAAUGUGGGAAUUGAGUACAACAGACGAGGAUGCUACAAUUAAUCGAUUCACAGGAAUUCUUCAUGGAAUUGCAACUGUUGCUGAUGUUGUUGUUUAUUCUCUCACACAAUCUCUAAUUGUUCCAAAAUUCCUUGGAUCUGAUAUGAUAUUUUAUCAUGUUAAUGAUCAUAGUCGUUAUUUGGAAAAAGCAGCAAGCGAUAAUAAUAUCUAUUUGGCUGGUUGGACAAGUAAAAAUGAAUACGAAAUGAAUUGGUUGAAAAACUACAUCAAAGUUCCAUUCCUCACUGACAACGUCAGCUUGGCUCCAUAA